AGCCCUACAGAUAAGCUCAGAGCAGCCUGAGUUCCAAGUGUGACUCUGGGGAGUGGGUGGACAGUCUAGACCUCCUCAUCCCAGCACCAUUGCUCUGACCACCAGGCCCCAUCAUGGACAAGUUGUGGUUCUGGAUCUCUGUCCUCACUGGGGUCCUCGGAGUCUCUGCUCAGACAGACCUCAGUGGGAAAGCAUUCGUGUUCCCCAAAGAAUCUGACAGCUCCCACGUAAGCCUGAAAGUGGUGCUAAAGAAGCCACUGCAGAACUUCACCCUGUGCCUGCGGGCCUUCACCGACCUCACCCGCCCCUACAGCCUCUUCUCCUACAGCACCCAGAAGGAGUACAAUGAGCUGCUUCUCUAUAAGAGCAAAGGCAACUUCUACAGCCUUUACAUUGGGGGCACCAAAGUCAGCACCAGUGUGAAGGAAGAGGCUCUGAGCUCAGUGCACCUGUGUGUCAGCUGGGAGUCCUCCUCGGGCAUAGCUGAGUUCUGGCUUAAUGGCAGGCCCCUGGUGAGGAAGGGGCUCAAGCGGGGUUACUCAAUAGGCACUAACCCUAAGAUCAUCCUGGGCCAGGAGCAGGACUCCUACGGAGGUGGCUUCAAUAAGAGCCAGUCCUUUGUGGGUGAGCUUGGAGAUCUUUACACGUGGGACUCGGUGCUGUUCCCAGAGGAGAUCAAGUAUGCAUACCACGGCACUAUCAUCAACCCCAACAUCCUGAGCUGGAAGGCUCUAAACUACCAGAUAAAUGGGUAUGUUGUCACCAAGCCCCUGGUGUGGCUCUGAGGGCCCAGGUUAACAAUACAUGAGGUCAUGAGCCCACCUCUGCUUCUCCCUUCUCCUCCCAGCAUCCUGUCCACAAGUGUGUCUAAUAAACAGCACUGCUUCAA